AUGGAGCAACCAAAUUACACCAAGCAGCUUUUGUUGCAGCUGAACCAGCAGAGAUCCAGAGGAUACCUGUGUGACGUGAUCAUCGUGGUGGAAAACGCUCUGUUCAGGGCUCAUAAGAACAUCCUGGCGGCCUGCAGCGGAUACUUUAACCCUCUGCUGCUGCGAGACAACAUGAUCACUCUGGACACACAGAGAGUGAAGCCCCAGGUGUUCAGACAGGUGUUAGACUUCAUCUACACCGGCCAGCUUCCCUCCUCUCACCACGUCAGUGAUAAAGAUAUGUCUGCCCUCCUCAGAGCUGCUUCCUACCUGCAGCUGUACGAUUUGGAAGCUCUCUGCCGCAGAAAACUUAAACCCUGCAGGCCGAGCAACCCGCCAUCCUCCAUCAUCUCCUCCUUAACCCCCAACGGCCAACCUCAAGUAGACCACAGCUACAAAUCAGGACCCACGGAGGACGGAAAGAGUCAUAAACUGGUGCAGGUUGAACUCGAGGGGACGAUGACCCCUGAGAUGAAUGACAGAGUUGAAACGAGGCUCGGCCCAUCAGCCAGCAGCCUGCAGCAGAGCCCCUCAAACUCCAGCAGCAACAAUGCCUCACCUAAUGAUAACCCUGAGCAGUCACACCCAACUGAUUCCCAUCAAAUGGCAGCACAAAGGAGGCCCCGAUCCCAUAGGGACGGCUGUUUGGGAGGAAGUGUUGGAACAAAAAGGCAGGAAGUGGAAAGUGCAGAGCUGAUCCAAGCAGAGUGGAGGGUGUCCACAGAGCUGGAGGGCCGUGCCGAGUUUAGACAGGAACAUUGGGCCUUAAAGAACAAGGUAGAGCGCAGUGAAGGCAAAGAGCUGAAUGGAAACAAGCAGGCGAGCUACAUCUACCAUCAACCACAGCCUGGGUUUGCUCUGCAGGGCAGCUUGUACAUGUGCAUCCCAUGUGGGAAAGGCUUCCCGAGCUCAGAGCAGCUUAUCGCUCAUGUAGAGUCACACGCUGCUGAGGAGCUGGUGGAGGCUGCAGAGGAGAGAAGUCUCAUUAAGGUGGAUGUUGAGGAUCCAGACAUGAGGCCGGCCUCUCACGUGUGCUCCGUGUGCAGUCGGAGCUACAUGGAUGCUGCUCUUCUCAGGCAGCACGAGAGGAGCCACCGACUCAGCAGGCCGGUCUCCUGCGACGUCUGCGGGAAACAGUUCACCCAACGGGGCACAAUGACCCGACACAGGCGCAGCCACCUCGCGCUCAAGCCCUUUGCGUGCGACGAGUGUGGCAUGCGCUUCACGCGACAGUACCGCAAAAUGGAGCACAUGCGGAUUCACACGCGAGAGAAACCGUACCAGCUGUGUUUACAGCUGUGCGUGAAGUUCAUGCAGCUAUGCAACGUCAUCAGUCAUUUAAAGACAGUCCUCAUGAUAAUCACUUCCUCCUUCUGA